GGCAGCUGUCGACUAUUUUUCACUUGCUUUUUUACAGUGAGAUUAUGCUGACAAUCAACUUUUCCAGUACACAUGCGAUUAUGGCAGUAUGGUGUUGCAUUAGAUUUGACUCGUGUUCUAUUUUUUCCCAACCUUGAAAUUUCGUUUUAACAAUUAUGACACAAGUUAUAAUUUGGACAUUUAAUGUCAACUAUUUUAUAUCAGAUGUUAAAUAUUCUAUCUGAUGAUUUUUAGUAUAUAUCAUAGCUAUUUCCUCGUUUCAACAACCAAGGAUUUAUAUGAUUGUAAAAUGUAAUACAUUGAAUUAAAAUAUUCAUUAUUUUUGUUCAGUUGCUUAAAAUAACAAACAAAACUAUACUCAGCAUCAUGUCAAGCUGUUUGAACAUAGUUGUUGAAGAAGAACAAGUUGUUCAAACUGUUGAUGAAGUCGCUUUAAUUGUCAGCGGAACCGUAGGUGUCAUUGUUGGUGCCAUCAUUGGUGUGAUUGUCUUCAAAUGCUUUUUAUCGAAGAAACUUGGAAUUCAUUCCCAUCAUACUGUUAGUGUGGAAGCUUCAGAUAAAAUACAUACAGAACAGCAAGAAACUUCAUUGGUUUACGAAAACAUGACUGCGAAUGCAAUUGCUAAGAAACCCAAAGCUAUGUCAAAGAGAGAUAGCUAUGAUGAGAAAACAAUUCACCGCAAGAAAUUUUUCGUUCUUGACGACUUUGUUUCUGAUAUGACUUGGGACAAAAUGGUUCUUGAACUUGGAAAACAAGAACUUUUCGAAAUUAUGCAGUUGGAAUUAUCUUUAUGGGAAGAGAGGCAUACUUGUUUACUGCAAUGGUAUCGUUGUAUGCUCAAUGAUUUUCUUGUAAGAAAAUAUAUAAAUGAUUCACAAUAUCAAGAUAUUCUAAUGAUCGAAAAUAGGGCUUUGUCGAAUGCUUAUUCGAAGAUGAAAUCUGAUUACGAGUCUCAUAUUAAUCAAAUGGAUGAUUUUCAAGGACAGUCAUUGAUGGAUCCUUUUAUCCCACUUCAAGAAGGAUAUACCAACAUCAUAAAAAAUAUGGUUAUCAUUUAUCGAGAAAGCCCAAAACGAUUUGUGAAAAGUUUAUCUCACUAUGUUGAUAAAACAAGUACAGAUGAGAUUCAAUACAAUUUGAUGAUUUAUAUUGAUGAAAUAGAAGGAAAUUUUAGAGAAAAUCAAGACGAAGUUAUAGAAUCAAUCCAUGCACUUUUUCAGGAAUUUGGCACCAUAGUUCGUGAAUUGGUAGUUGCUCUAAUAUGUGAAUGUGAAUUAAAUAGACUAUUGAGCAUGACUUGCAACAAUUCUCUUGAAAAGCUUGUAAAAACAGGCCGUAUUUCAUCAGUAACAAAGGAAAAAGUUAAAGAUUCUCUUCCCGAUGACUUCAAUGUUAGUGCAUUAGAAGUAAAAGAGGUAUUUUCACAAAUGCAUCCAAACAUCCUUGCUCAUUAUGAAACAAGCUUGCAACAACAUGAAGACAGCAGUAAUACAGCUAUUGAAAAUAUUCUAUACAGUUACACAAACCAAACAAGUUCUGAAGGUUUUGUUGGAAAUUAUUUGUCAACUACCUGUGAGCAGAAACUCAGAAGACUGAUGCUUCUCAAGGAACUGGCCAAGAAUGAUAACUCAGGAAUUGCAAACAAAUUUGCCAAGCUAUCCGAAUUACAAGACGAAAAAAGGAAUGAUAUUCUUCUAACAUUCUGUAAACUUCUUGAGGAAAGUGAUGCCUUAAGUGAAUCUGAACUUCAUCAAAUGACGAAUGAGUUCAGAAAAAGAUUAGAGGCCUCUCGUGAUAAAGUAUUAGGAUUGUGCAAGCGAAAUAUAACAGAAUUAUGGAAACGUUAUGACAGUCACUGCAUGUUGGAACAAGAAGAAGAAAAUUGUGUUGACGCUAGUAUCUUACAAGAUGCUGUAACAGAUGACCUAUUAGAUUUAGAAAGAUUUUUGUCUGUCCAAAUCUCGUUGUCAAAUGAAGAUGGGCACGCUAUUAUACAAGAGCGAGAGAGUUUAUUCUUGUUGUUGAUUAAUCAAAUAAACUUAUUGCGAGCUAAGUGGUUUCACAUAAUUGAAAAUGACCUAGCAAAGUGUCAAGCAUUCUUACUAAUGAAGAAAAGUACAAGCCUAGUGAAUGAAAAUAUGAAGGAAGUUCUCGAAAUCAUUGAACGUUUAUGGAAUGAACGAAACAUGAUGCGUAAUUAUAUAAAAGAAACAGCAUCUGUUACAUGUAUAAAGUCAAUAUUAACUAUAUCUAGUGAAGAAAUGUGUAAAAUAAUAUCUCACAAGCUCGUGUCAAACUUGAUUCAUGAGCAGCUAUCAAAGCAAGACGAAACUUUUAUUUUUGACUCAGCAAAGCAUAACAUCAUUGAAGGUAUUACAAAGAAGAACACAUUGUUAAAUAGUGCUACCAUUACUCAAGAUCAUGUUGAUGAAGUAGCAAGAGUAAUACAAGAAGAAAUUAACAGACAUGAUAUGGCUACUUCAAUGGUUGAAGGAGAUGUUAGAGCCACACACUUAAAAAGACAAGGACGUUUAAAGAUCAAAGCACAGCGGAUUGCACAACAUUCACCGUCAUCCAGUAGUAUGGCAUUUGAUAUCCAACCUCUUCUCGAGCAAAUAUUACUACAAUAUCAAGUUCUUAGAGCUGCUGAUUCAGUAGAGAAUGAAAGCUCACAGCAAGCUUUGAUCGAAAGAAUGAAUCUUGACAAAUCAACAUCGAAAACAUUAUCUGAUAUAUCUAAAGAUUCAGAGACUUUCUUACUUUGCAAACUUGGUGUUAUUUCUGGACUCACAAAAUCAGAAUUUACUGCUUGCAUCAAUAAGGCUAAAAAAGAAACUGGCUCUGCAGAAACUGGAAAAUCUGUAGCACAAAAGUUUCAGAAAUUAUGGAGAGAUGCUGUCACUUACAUUAACAGCAUAUCCUACUAAAUUAGUCCAUGGUUGCUCUGAGACUAUGCAAGAUUUGUUAACUACUUGUUAUGAUUCAAGUUGGAAAGAAAAUGAUCUUGUACAUAGCUAAAUACCAGCUUAUUUUUCACUUCUUCAUCUUUGAGGCUCAGUUAGAUAAGCAGUAUAUUUAUUUUUAUAUUAUCAUGUUUAUAUUUCAAUUUUCAAUACACAUUCAAUUUCUUUUGUUUGUUUAGGUAAAAAUCUCAUUUAUACUUAUUUUCAUAAAUAACAUAUUAAAUACAUGCGCCAGGAUUACGAGUGAAUUUGCCAAAGCAUUAAGCAUUAAUACUUAAGCAUUAGCAUUAAGUACAUACAGACAAAACGCUCAUAUUUUUAAAUAAUUUGUGUGACUGAAGUAAUAAUGUUAUGAAUAUUUGAUUGAUUCAAUGACCGUCAUUUAAAAUAUUUAUGUUGUUAUAUUUCUUUCAAAAACUGACCUGCUCAAUUGACUUGAGCGUGACUAUCGAGGGAAAAUUCACUUGUAGUAUUAUUGUGUAUGAUCAUUUCUACUAUUUGCACAAGUAUUUAUAGCUUAUUAUUAUUAUAUUAAAAAGUAUCAUCAAUCUUCUAUUAUAUUUUUUGCAAUUACUAUGUAAUGAGUACUACGAUUGGGUGAUGAGAGUAUGCAUCCAGUUCAUGUGGACAAAAUCUCUGCGCAAGACGACAUAUAGGUAUCUUGAAAAUUUUAUAGUCAUCGCCUCCAGACUCCAUUUAAAUUUCCGGGCCCUUGUUUAAUGUUAAAUAUUAGAUUAUUUAUAGAAAAUUCAAAAAAAUGAUGGUCCGCACCGAAUUGAUAAUGGUUGAAAAGGCCAAUCCUCGCAUUAAACAGAUCAUAGUUGUUGUGUGAUACUGAUUGUGAAAAACGACAGGAAAUUUACUUCAACUUACGCGCAUACCUACCAGUGUAUUUGUCAAUCAGGGGCGGCCGCCGGAAUCGCAUGUGGUCACAAAAGGAACUUCAGACCAUAAAUGGAAUGAUAUACUAAAUAAUUACCCGCGCCUGUAUCACUUGUUUUGUGUGUAGUGUUUACGAAAUCCCUAAAAAUUUUGUAAUAAAUAUACAAUAUCGAAUUCAAUCGAGUCGAAGUGAUGAUAUACUGCUAAUACAUACAUAAGUUGUUAUUGUAGAGAAUGGGGGCCUGUUAUGUCUUUAUUAUUAAUUUCGAAAUCAUAUUCGAUCCGCCAGGAUCUGGAAUCGCCGGAUUCAAAAGCUUAAACCAGUCCCUGAUGUUUUUUAUAAAUUUAUUUCUGAUAUUCGAAACAAUGAGAAAUAUAUAGCAAUAAAAAAUGGUAAAAUCCUGAUACACUACUAUUUAUAUCCAUGUUUUUA